GAUUCAUGAACUUUCAAAAUUACCUUGUAGGCUGUUUGAGGUGAGGGGUCUUAUUUUUAUUCUUCUUUCUUGGCUUUUGUAGUCUGCAGUGUUGUUGAGCUGACAGUCUUUGCUCUGGAAGAGCUCUGUUGUUGAUCAAAAUAUGAUGAGCUUAGCCAGUUCAUGAGAAUUCUUCAGGAAGAUUUCAUUUUGACUGUCUCAGCAGAGGAGCUGGAGAUAACCCUGUGCACAAGAGAUCAUUCAAAGGUCCCGUCGGCCGCGCCGGCAGCCAUGACGACCGCCAUCUUGGAGCGACUGAGCACGCUGUCGGUGAGCGGGCAGCAGCUGCGCCGCCUGCCCAAGCUCCUGGAGGACGGCCUUCCCAAGAUGCCCUGCACCGUCCCCGAGACCGACGUGCCCCAGCUCUUCCGGGAGCCCUACAUCCGCACGGGCUACCGCCCCACGGGCCACGAGUGGCGCUACUACUUCUUCAGCCUCUUUCAGAAGCACAACGAGGUGGUCAACGUGUGGACCCACUUGUUGGCCGCCCUGGCCGUGCUCCUGCGAUUCUGGGCUUUCGCCGAGGCCGAGGCCUUGCCGUGGGCCUCCACGCGCUCGCUGCCCCUGCUCCUUUUCAUCCUGUCGUCCAUCACUUACCUCACGUGCAGCCUGCUGGCCCACCUGCUGCAGUCCAAGUCGGAGCUCUCGCACUACACCUUCUACUUCGUGGACUACGUGGGCGUGAGCGUCUACCAGUACGGCAGCGCCUUGGCCCACUUCUUCUACAGCUCUGACCAGGCAUGGUACGAGCUCUUCUGGCUCUUCUUCUUGCCCGCAGCUGCCUUCUGUGGCUGGCUGUCUUGCGCCGGCUGUUGCUAUGCCAAGUACCGCUACCGCAGGCCUUACCCGGUCAUGAGGAAGCUCUGUCAAGUGGUGCCGGCGGGGCUGGCCUUCGUCCUAGACAUCAGCCCGGUGGCCCACCGUGUGGCCCUGUGCCACCUGGCUGGCUGCCAGGAGCAGGCGGCCUGGUACCACACGCUCCAGAUCCUCUUCUUCCUGGUCAGCGCCUACUUCUUCUCCUGCCCGGUUCCUGAGAAGUACUUUCCGGGUUCAUGUGACAUCGUGGGCCAUGGGCAUCAGAUCUUCCAUGCCUUUCUGUCUGUCUGCACGCUCUCCCAGCUGGAGGCCAUCCUUCUGGACUACCAGGAGCGGCAGGAGAUCUUUCUGCAGCGCCAUGGCCCCCUGUCUGUCUACAUGGCCUGCCUUUCUUUCUUCUUCUUGGCGGCCUGCAGCGCUGCCACCGCAGCGCUCCUGAGACACAAAGUCAAGGCGAGACUGACAAAGAAAGAUUCCUGAGGCUGGCAGGUGGGGUGAGGUGUAGAGGCAGCCUGCCGUGAUUUGGGGAAAGCUCAGUACAACAAUAGGAUUUGACUUUUUGUUUUUAAGAGUUGCUUUUAAAUUAACACAUAUUUACAAGGGUAUGCUAUGGCAUUGGAAAGCCAAAGGAGUCAAGAAUUUUGUUGUUAAAAGUUGUUGCUAAUAAAAGGAGUAUUACUUUUCCCUCUGUGUCACAGCCUUACGAGAUACAGGAAAGGAAGGGACUUUGGCUAGGAUUCGUGGGACACUGAAUUAAGGACGAUCUUUCUGCCUGAAAAUUUAGUGGAAUUUUGACUUUGGCCUCUAGGCCAAGUCCUGGAGCUAAAGGGAUUAUAAAGUUGGACUGGAAAGUAAGUAUGUGGCUGGUCCACACCGUAUUGGAAUGGCCAUCCUACCAUACUGGUCUUUGGUAAUUGAGUAAACUGACCCAAGAACUUGAUUUCAUUUGGAUUUCAGAUUGUCCAGGGUGGAGAAGUCAGAAACUUCAAGAUGAUUCAGUGAAACCCUUAGACAUAAUGAAUUACUUGGUUCAUCUGAGUUCUGGUCCCUCCUCUCUUGCCCAAUUUGACACUGACCCUUUUCUCAGGAUGACGUCUGCCUAGCUGUUUUCUCUACAGUGUACUCCCGUCUGUACUUUGCAUGGUUAAAUAGAGGACUAUGAAGCAGUCAUAUUUCCAGGAAAUGCUUGGAUCCAUGUGGACAUUCAGGAAGCUUAUUUUCAUAUACUACUAAACGGUACUAGAAAGUACAGUGCCAAGAGCCAUCAGAAGGCCCAGCCAACAAGCAUGGAUACUGUUUUGUGUGUCAUGAGACCCUUCUGUUUUAUACCUGUGGACUGUAAUACUUGAGAUCUAUCAGGGCUAUUUUACAGGCCAGAAAAUCUGGGGCUUGUGCUAGGAAAUCUUCUCCAGAUUUGGACCAACAUGUUUAAAGAAACAAAACAAACAAAACCCUGAAUAGAAUGAAUUGGUUCUGGUUCUUCUAGAGAUCUGAUUAUUUCAAGAGGAACCCAAGGUGCAGAUUCUUAAUUAGAUGCUGCCAUUUAAAGGACCCGCAUAUCUUCCCUAGUUCAGGGUCUUUAGGCAGGAGGUUAUGCCUCAACUUAGAGAAGGAUCCUUAAAAUAAUCAAGCCCCAGGACAGAUGAACAUGUGUGAUCACUGUGGCUUGGUCCCUGAAGACUCCUAUGGGUAAGAAUGGUGAACCAGGUACCCUGUAGCUAGAAUUUUCUGUUGUCCAGCAGCUCCUGUGGGAUAGGGGGUACUUGUGAUUGAUGUGUUCUGGCCACACAACCCUCUCUGAGGACUGAUUUAUGUAUUAAUCCAGUGAAGGGGGCUGUGUUGAUGGAGGAGCUAUGGGAGUCUUCUCAAAGGCUAUGUUUCCUAUCAGUAUAAGGUCCCUUUUACUACAAAGGGAAGUACUUUGUUUUCACUCCAGUUUGAUGAAACUCUUCUAUUAAUAGGUUAUUUUGUCUUCAGGUCUUUGUUUUCUUCCUUUCUCUGAGCAGUUUGUGGAUUUUGUGCCUUACAAAUGGAAACAUAUGAACAGUUUACUUAAUACAUGGCCAUGCGCAAUUUUCAGUUUUGGGUUAUUGGGAUAAGAAAAAAAGAAUGCAUUGCUUUGAACCAGUGGGUGAAAGAAGAGUCAGAAAACCAGAAUUACUUAUAAAUCAAAAGGCACUGUCAAA